UUUUUCUUUAUUUCUUUUUUUUUUUUUAAAUUUGGUGUGACAGCCUCACUGCCCAGCUGCUUCCAACAGUGUCUGCGUGCACAGAGAGGACAAACCGACAGAGACAAGACAUUUUAAGGAGGAAGAAAAACAACAACAGCCAUCUCUGACCUCUGAACUUGCCACUCCCCCUUGCCCCUCCCACCGCAACACCGGAAACAUGGGGAGGAAAAAGAUCCAGAUUCAGAGGAUCACUGACGAACGCAACAGACAGGUGACGUUCACCAAGCGGAAGUUCGGUCUGAUGAAGAAGGCGUAUGAGCUGAGCGUCCUGUGCGACUGCGAGAUCGCCCUCAUCAUCUUCAACCACUCCAACAAGCUGUUUCAGUACGCCAGCACCGACAUGGACAAAGUUCUGCUCAAGUACACCGAGUACAACGAGCCGCACGAGAGCCGGACCAAUGCGGACAUCAUCGAGACGUUGCGAAAGAAAGGCUUUAACGGCUGCAACAGCCCCGAGCCCGACGGGGACGACUCCAUCGACCAAAGCCCGCUAAACGAAGACAAGUACCGCAAGACCGAGGACCUGGACAGCCUCUUCAAACGCUACGGCGCUCUGAACAAGAAAGAGCACCGGGACUCUGAGAGCCCAGACCCCGAGGAGCCCUUCUCCCUCACCCCCCGCACUGAGGAGAAAUACAAAAAAAUUGACGAGGAGUUUGAUAAAAUGAUGCAGAACUAUAGGCUGUCAUCUACAGUCCCACAGCCCACCUUCUCCAUGCCAGUCACCGUGCCAGUAUCCAAUCAGAACGCAGCAGCGGCGGCAGCCCUCCAGUUCAGUAACAACCCCAGCGGCGCCCUGGUCACCACCACCUCCUUUGUCACCUCCACCCUCACAGACCCCCGCCUCCUGUCGCCACAGCAACCAGCUCUGCAGAGGAACACCGUGUCGCCAGGGUUACCACAGCGACCUGCGAGCGCAGGUGCUCUGUUAGGAGGAGAUCUGGGGAAUUCAAACGGAGCGUGCCCAAGUCCAGUUCCUAAUGGCUACAUCAGUGCCAGGGCCUCCCCGGGCCUCCUCUCCGUAUCCAACGGCAACAGCCUGGGGAAAGUAGUCCCGGCUAAGUCUCCGCCUCCGCCCAGCCCUCAGAUGGUCAACAGCCGCAAGCCGGACCUGAGGGUCAUCACCUCGCAGAGCGGCAAGAGCCUCAUGCAGCUGACAGAGGAAGAGCUGGAGUUGGUGAGUGAGAAUGCUCAGCGGCUAGGUGGCUCCCAGUCGCUCACCACACCAGUGGUCUCUGUGGCAACACCCAGUCUCCUAGCGCCCUUCUCCGGCAUGCAGACGGCCUACAACACCGAGUACCAGCUGACGAGUGCAGAUCUCACAGCGCUCCAGACGUUCACACCACCAGGGCUGGUGCCUGGCAACAUGGCUGCCUGGCAACAGCAACCAGCAGUCUCCCAGCAACAACAGCAGCAGCAGCAACAACAGCAACAGCCGCAGCAGCUGAGCUUGGCGUCGCUCAGUAACUUGGUCAUGUGGGGUGCAGAGAAACAGAAUGCGGAGAUGGUUAACUGCAUCUCCAAUUUUGCUGCUAACCUGAGCUUGGCUUCUCAGUCCAACUUGCUGUUUGGCAGGGAGGACGGCCUCUGCUGGCCGGUGAGCCACAUAACUCAGGGCACCGCACUGACAGUCAACACAAACCCCAACGUCAACAUCAAGUCCGAACCCGUCUCACCAAACCGCGACCGCAGUACCCCCAGCUCCACCUGCGGCGGCGGGGGAGGUGGAGGAGGCCAGGGUCAAGUCCAGGGACAAGGUCUGGUGACGGUCGCCUACCCGGGUAACCUGCGCCUGGAAGCGGGAGGUCAAGGCCGCUCACCAGUCGACAGCCUCAGCAGCAACGGCAGCUCGUAUGAGGGCAGCGACCGGGACGACGGCACCCAGGGACGAGGCGGGGGUCUGGACUUCCACCACCAGGCCAGCGGCGGGGCCCAGCAGCCCACCAUGGUCCUCCUGCGGCCCUCUUCGGCCGAGCCCCAGGAGCAGGACGGGACCAACGUCAAGAGAAUGAGACUGGAUACCUGGGUCACAUGAAGAGAUGAGCGGAGAGGGAUGGACGGACGGACGGACAGAUGGAGGAUGGAGAUGGAGAUGUGUACUUGUGGCUUGUGUACAUGCCCCCACCAGCCCUGAUGCCCCUGAUCUCCUUUCCCCUGCAUACACACACACACAUAUAAAUAUAUAUCCCCGCCAUCGACCCAGUAACCUGCUGUCCACACAGGAAACCCUGACCUCACACACACACACACACACACUCACAACAAGCAUGCUAACACUCUCAUGUCGCACGUAUGGACACUGACACGCACCUGUACGCCAAUGUGCAUACACAUUUGAACUCUAAUGUACUUUUACUCACACACAUACACAAAACCCCGAGGGGUUGAGCCACCAAACCAGGGAUUAUUCAAAACAGUUACAGUGUUGGACUUUAUUCAGCUGUAUUUGAGUGGAAGUGAAUGAGUACGUUUUUAAUCAGGCCUAUUUCGCCCGAGCCGCUGGCAGAGCAGACCAACCUGGUUUCCCAGCAUGCCCUGCAUUAGCUUAGCGGCUGGUGGUAUGCUCCCGCUUUCUCGUCCAUACUGUUCAUCAGUAGGUUUUGGUCAACCACAAACUGCACUGCAUUGAGCCAGUGCCACCAAAUGAGUCCACCUGUUUGUACACAUCGGCCCGACCACGGUUGUAUCGCUAUCGCUUUAGAUUCUCGUUUCUUUUCUAAGAGCCUCGGGCCAUUUUGCUCUUUUUAAAGCGUGGAGUUUUGUCCUUCUGUCUCAACUGUUGAUCUUUAGAGUUUGGAUUCGCUUCAGUUUUUGAAUAUGAAGACACUAAAAAGAAAAACUCCCUCCCCAGCCGAGCCAGUGGCCGCAUCAACAACAGGCCCGGCACUUUGGCCCUGUACAAGACUGACGACCCCCGGGUCUUCGUUUAAUCUGAAACAUGCAGACUAGCUGUCAAACGAGGAACACGAUUUGUUGCCGAGGUAAAAGACUGCUUUUCUUUGAAUCAGGGACGAGCUGCAAGAGCUCAAUGACACAUGACGCAGAUACUCCUAGUUUCGCCCACAUCUUGUCAACUCCAGAUGCUGAGAAAGGCAUGUGUGUGUGUGUGUGUAUACGGGUUUGUUACCUCAACUGGUCGUUUUUUAACAAAGUGAUUUGGGCAAAUGUUCAUUCUCAAUUUCAUCCUUGAACACACACCUGCAAUGCACACAGCUGAAAUUAUUUUUGUGAAGCGACUCGUGUUUUGAAUAGAUAGCUGAUGUUCAAAGGGGAGAUUCGUGAGGUACCAUGUAUAUAAGCAAUCUGUAACCUUUGUGGCUUUUGUGUGACAGGGAUAAGGUGUUUUGAAGGUUAAAAAAAAAUCAUAUACAAGUAUAUAUUUAAACAGCUUCAGGCGGUAGCGAGGGCAGCUCUGCAUCUGGGGCCGGAGACGACAAUAGACGACAGGGAUUGUAUAUAUUAACUAUAUAUUCGGCAGGAUAUCCCUCAACAAAACAGGAAAAAAAGCAAACACAUUGAUUCUCAGUGGAUCGGUCUCUUUUUUAUUAUUAUUUAUGCGUGUAUAUAAAGUGUAAUAUGUCGACGAGCCAAGAGAGGGUGCUGUAGAGGCAGAAAGGGAAGACGUAGCCGUGGUGACUCGGACUGUUUUGAGUGAGCAAUGGUUAGGACUCUGUCACUGAUGGAGCGCACUUUACCUUUUAACCCCUGACACCUGAUCCACACACACACACACGCACACACACACACACACACGUCCUGUACAUGCACACUAGGGUUAGACUGAUAUUACUGGCUGGUUUGUUCAAAAUCUGAUAUUCAGCAGAUACAAAUAAAUGUGUGCACUUUUUAUUUAAUCCUUAAAAAAUGAGUUUUGUUGUAAUUUAAUUGAGAUAAUUUAUUACUGUACAUCAAUGAACCAGAGCUCCCUUUACAACUCUGAGCUGGACCACCUUAAAUAUGUAUCAGUGGCUGCCUGUUUGCAGUUAGUAUAAUUCAUUCAUUGAAUUCACUUUAAGACAAUAUGAGGGGAGAGAAAUUAGUAAAAGAAGUAAAUAGGACCUUCUAAAAGGAAAUUUGUACAUUUAUUUAAAACUUCAUGAAAUGAUUUAUCAUUAAAAGGGUUUAAAUAAAAAUAUCAAAGUACAACCUAAAAGGCUAUUUAAAAGAUAUUUUUAUUUAUAUAUAUUUUUUCAAUUUUAUUUAAAACAUGAAUAAUGACAGAAAGAAUUGGCACGCUCAUUUUAUUUAGUUUAUUGCUAAUUGCAGCAAUUGUAAACCCACUAAUCAUGAUAGGUUGUUUUUUUCAUAUCAAUUAAGCAACUAAUUAACCACAGAAAAUAAUCCUAAAUUUAGUAGUUUCAUCUUUUAAAGGCAACAGCAGCUUACAGUGUAAGCUAGUUGAGUGUCCCAUGAGGGUCUAAACUCCCUCCCAAAAAAUAAGUUUGCAGUUUGGCAUAUCAAAGUAUUUGCAGCGUCAAUGCCAGCAUCAUCUGUCACAAACAUAUCAGUCGAACUCUAGCAGACACACAGACAGCGUACGAUUAAGCGAGCCAAGGAUGUCCCCUUUUCGAGGUUUCCCGUUUCCUCUUGUUAGAAGCCAUGUGUGUAUAUUUAAAGGAUCUCUCCUUCGUCACUGGUUGGCUGUGGUUUUAUAUUACGGAGAGGUAAAAACGACUAUGAAGGUAAAAGAAAUGUGAAGGAUGUCAUUUUUGUACUGCGUAAAAGUGGCAAUGGGUGAUUUAGGGUUUAGUGGGUAGAUUUAGCGGUCAAGAGUGCAAAUUCAUCUAUUUAUUUUUUUCCUAAAAGCACUCUCAGCCUCCGUCCAUUUGCUUGUUAAAAGCUUUGGAGGCAGUCUGGGUAUCGUUUCGUCGUUAAGCCGGAGGUUUCAGAACGAGUCUUGAUCUUUUAAUGACUACCUCCCAAAUCCAACGCAGACUUGUCGACUUUGGGUUUUACUACAUCCAGCCACCACAUCCUUCUCACGGGCAGGCCCUCUUCACCUCCCUCUCACCCCUGUCACUCACUCACUCACUCACUCACUCAGUCGGGGUUUUUUUCCUCCUCUCUGGAAGCUUAAUCUCAAAACCACACACACACACAGUUUUCAUCACACACUACUUUUCUGUUUACUCCGUCCAGACAGCGGGUGUCAGCGCUGAAAUGACAAGUCAAAUUAUUUUGGGGGGUCAUUUCCAUGAAUAACACAACCCCCCCACCCCCACCCCAACCCGACUCCCCAGCCUCAUCACACACUACUCCCAUCAUCCUCUCCUCACUUUAUCUCUGUUUUUUUUUUCUCCGUCUGUCACUCACACACACUCAUCCACUCUGUGACAAGUCUGAGUGUCAAUAUUGCUUUUCUGAGCGCGUGGCAGAGUAAACAUAAAUCCCCCCCCAGAGUGUAAACACUUUGACUGUUAAGACUGUUGUACCCUGAGCUCCGAACAAAAAACUGAAACAAAACUCGACCCCACGUAUUGAAACCGCAAGCCAUAGGUUUGUCAAAAAACGAAACAAAAUGGCUUUCUUUUUGCGACGGGGGUUUUGGCACCGGUCGUAUGAAGCCCUGGCACGUUCUUUAGAGCAACACUAGGGGUCGCUGUAAUCACAAAACCGAAAGACAAUCGUGCUGAGAAAUAGUUUAAAGAACCUGCAUCCCCCCUCCCACACACAGAAAAAAGCGAUACUUGCUCCUGUAUAAUGAUGUUUAGAAGUCUCACUCACUUUCCAGUGUUAAUUUGUGCUGGUGACAGUCUGUUUUUAAUUGUUCUCUGAUAAUUGAUAUUAUUAUUAUUAUCAUCAUUACCACAGCUUACACUGAUGGUAGCUGUCGUGAUGAUAUAGAAAUCUGCGUUUUCUUUUGUGUAGGUUAGGCAUCUUGUUUUAUUUGGAAUUUGAUUUUAUUUUAUUAUAUGAAAAAUAUUCUAUAAAUAUAUUUUUUGUUUUCUCUUUUUCGGGAUUUGUUUUCCUUUCUUCAAAAAAAAAA